CUUUUUUCGAAAUCUUUCAAAAAAAAAAAGAAAAAAUAUCUGGUCGACCUUUCUCCGCGCUUCGUGGUUUCAGAUAUUCAGUGGGCGAAGAGAGAGAGAGAGAGAGAAUGAUGCCUGAGGCACUGAGCAAACCAAGGGUUUCAUACAGCAGUCAAUUGGAAGGUCACAGCAUUCAUCAUUUAAUUGAUGGUCCGUUUGCAUGCAUGGAGGGAGCUGGUGAUGAGGUGACCAGAAGUGAUGUGGCAAAGGGUGAACUGCUCAAAAGGAAAGACAGCAAUCAAUCCUUUAAACAAGGCAGCAGCAAUAUGUUGGAAUCUUCGACUGUGUUCAUACCUCAUCGUAGUAAUUGGUCUGGGAGCUCACUGCACAUGUAUAGAGAUACCUUAUGUGCAAACUCUGUGGAUGUAUCUGAACCUGCUUCUUCUAGCACAUCUUUGACAAAUGACACCGGGGUCAUUGUUGAAGAGUUAACGGUGAAAAAUUACAAGAAUCCAAUCCUAGCUAUGGUGGGCAGCUCAAACAGUAGAGAAGGAAGGCAUGGUAAGGACCAGCAAUGGCAACCUUUACAUCAUCUGGGAGGUGGCUUCGGAAGUGAGAGUUUGCAUGGUGACAUGGCUUUCAGAGACAAGGAACCACCAAUCCCAAGCGUCAGAGAUGAGGUAAGGAGCAUGUUUGCCCAUGAAAUUUGGGUUCAGAAGCCUUCACCCUUUAAGCAGUCUAAUCAGGAUCAUGCCGAGAUCUCCAAACAAUUAACCAGUACUAACAAAGAUACUACCUCAAGCAAUGCAUUAUCACCUGGAGGUGUUCGGUCUAAGGUUCUGUCGGCAUCAGGAUUCUCUCAGUUUUUUCUCAAGAAAACAUUGAAAGGGAAGGGAGUUCUAUGUGGACAUCCAGGAGCUCAAGAUGGCACUGACGUUGCAGUCACAGGAAAGUACAAUGGGAAGGCUGCAUGCAUCACUGAGGUCGCUUCUGAUGCAUCUCUUGAUGUAAGUGCAACAAAAGAAGAUCCUCCCUCGCAGACUGCAGCUGGGAUUGGUCCCAAUGUGAUUCAUGGUGAAGUCAGUUUAAGGGAGUGGCUGAAGCCUUGGAGCCGUAAAAUAAAUAAAAUUGAAACCAUGCAUUUAUUUAGGCAGAUUGUGGAGCUGGUGGACCUAUCACAUUCUCAAGGAGUUGCUUUGCCAGACAUACGUCCAUCUUGUUUCAUGUUGUUGCCAUCAGGUCGGGUUAAAUAUAUUGGUUUACUUGCCCAAAGAUUGGAGUGUACUAUUGAUCAAAAUAUUUCCUACUUGGACCAUCAUUUUAGUAGGAAGAGGCCCUUUGGGCUGGGUAUGCAUGGUCAGAAUAGUGAAUGCACAAAACAACAAAAAUUUAGUGAGCGGAUGAUGUCUGUCAGACAACAGCCUCAAUUUCCGGCUAGAUCUGGCUUGAAGUCUGUAACAGUAGAAGAGGGCAAUAUUAAGAAUAGGGGUGUGCAGGAGACUGGGUAUGGUUGUAUGGACCGAUACAAAAAUACAGAAUGCAAUACCCUGAGUAAGUAUGAAGCCCCAGUUAUAUCUAAUACCACUAGACAGCUGAUGACCUCUGUACAUGUUCAGUUGGAAGAGAAGUGGUAUGCUAGUCCGGAGGAGCUGAAUGACCGGAGGUACACCUUGUCAUCAAAUAUCUACAAUCUGGGGGUUCUUCUAUUUGAGUUACUUAGCUGCUUUGAAUCAUGGGAAGUUCAUGCCGCAGUAAUGUCAGACCUACACCAUCGGAUUCUCCCUUCAAGUUUCCUGUCAGAGAAUCCCAAGGAAGCUGGUUUCUGUCUUUGGCUUCUUCAUCCUGAAUCUUCUUCAAGGCCGACAGCAAGGGAAAUAUUGCAAUCUGAUUUGAUAUGUGAAUCUCGGGAGUUGUCAUGUGGAGGAGAUUUGCCAUCAUCUCUCGAGGAAGAUGAUACUGAAUCGGAGCUGUUACUGAAUUUCCUCGUAUCUCUGAAUGAACAAAAGCAGAAGCAGGAGUCCAAGUUAGUUGAAGAUAUUGGAUGCUUAGAAGCAGAUGUAUAUGAGGUUGAGAAAAGACACCUGUCAAGAACAACAGGUGUUCUUUCUCAAACACUCAAGGGGUCCUCCAGUACAAGAGAGUCGGUUUUUCUUGAACACCGUUUACGCUCAGAUGCACUUUCUCGGUUAUCCUCCACAUCAAAUAAGAAUGAAGAGAUGUUGAUGAAGAAUAUUAGCCAGCUUGAAAAUGCUUAUUUCUCUAUGAGGUCUCAAGUCCGGCUUCUGGAUACUGAUGCUACAACACGGUCAGAUAAAGAUUUACUUAAAAACCGAGAGAGAUGGGUCCCUAGUCAAAAUGAAAAUGAAGGGCAGAGCCUUAACCAAUCUAAUGACUGCCUUGGAGCCUUUUUUGAUGGUUUAUGCAAGUAUGCUCGAUAUAGUAAGUUUGAAGUUUGUGGGACAUUAAGAAAUGGAGAUCUUCUCAACUCAGCAAAUGUGAUUUGCUCAUUGAGUUUUGAUCGGGAUGAGGACUACUUUGCUGCUGCUGGAGUAUCGAAGAAAAUUAAGAUUUUUGAGUUCUCUGCGCUUCUCAAUGAUUCUGUUGAUAUUCAUUAUCCAGUUAUUGAGAUGUCUAGCAAAUCUAAGCUCAGCUGUGUUUGCUGGAACAGCUACAUUAAAAAUUAUUUGGCAUCAACUGAUUAUGAAGGUGUGGUUCAGUUAUGGGAUGCCAGCACUGGCCAAGAUUUUUCUCAAUUUGUAGAUCAUGAAAAGAGAGCGUGGUCUGUUGAUUUUUCUCAAUUGGACCCUACAAAAUUAGCCAGUGGAAGCGACGACUGUUCUGUGAAAAUAUGGAACAUGAAUGAGAGAAAUUGUAUCGACACAAUCAGGAAUGUUGCCAAUGUCUGCUGUGUUCAGUUCUCUGCUCAUUCCGCCCAUUUACUUGCCUUUGGUUCCGCUGAUUACAUGACCUACUGCUAUGAUCUACGGAAUACAAGAAUUCCUUGGUGUACAUUAUCUGGGCAUGGGAAGGCUGUUAGCUAUGUGAAGUUCUUAGAUCCAGAAACCCUUGUUUCUGCAUCCACCGACAACAGCCUGAAGCUUUGGGAUCUCAAAAAGACUAGUUCUAGUGGGCUUUCCACAACUGCUUGUAGCCUGACUUUUGGUGGUCAUACUAAUGAGAAGAAUUUUGUGGGCUUAACAGUUUCUGAUGGAUAUAUAGCUUGCGGUUCAGAGUCAAAUGAGGUUUAUGCUUAUUAUAGAUCUUUGCCUAUGCCCCUCACUUCUCACAAGUUUGGCUCCAUUGAUCCUAUUACUGGGAAAGAGACUGGUGAUGACAAUGGACAGUUUGUUUCCAGUGUGUGUUGGAGAAGAAAGUCAAAUAUGGUUGUAGCUGCCAACUCCAGUGGAAGUAUAAAACUGUUGCAGAUGGUGUGAAAAGGGGUUAACACUCAAAUGUUCAACAAAGGUAAGAUGGACAGUUCUGAAGCUGAAGGUGCACAGCUUUGUGGUCCCAAAGAUUCAUUUGAGUCCUCGAGUGGGUGAAAGUAUGAGAGGUCCAAAAGAUUUGACUGUUAGAUGAAGACAACCAGAAGAGAACUGAGCCAUCAACUCAUAUAGUUCAAUUGAACUGGGAUUUGUAUCUCAACACUUUGCCCUAAAAGCAAGGAUCCGAGCCCCCAGAAUCCUUCAGAGGGGGUUGAAUGAUUCAACACAUUACAGUGUCACUGCUGUGAGGUUUUUGGUUUUGUUCAUCCUGAUCAUUCGGUUGAACACUUCUCUGUGUGCUUUAUAAGAGCAUGAAGAAUUGGAAGGACUACAUUGGGCACUCUCUGGACAAUAAUGUAUCUUCAAACGUGGAGAUUAAGCUACCACUACUAAGUUCCUGAGGCUUAGAUACUAGAAGCGAUUGCUACCCAAACUAGGGAGGGCCUCCAAGAGGCAGAAGAUAUUUUUUGCUGAACCAGUUUGUUUAUGAAUUGAGGCAUGAGGCAUGGAAAUCAGGUGAGAUGGUGGUAACAAGGAAAAAGCAACUAUAGAGUCUGCAAUGUUUAAUGUCCCUUUACUCCUGUCCGACAGUCGGAUGUAUUUUACUUGGAAUAUUUUACUUGGCAUGAUGGGUACAUGACCAAUCUUUUCAACUGGUCUUCUGAAGUAUGAAAAUGUGGAUGACCUAUGGCAGACCAUGUUUUCAAGGAAGGAAAUUCAUAUUGAACAGGUUUUUGACAAAUUCUGGAAUGUCCCAAAUUGAAAUAUAGCAAUGUAAAUUGUUGCCAAAUGAAUGAUGCCCUGUAAGGGUAAUUUGUGCAUAAAAUACAAUCAGAUUUAUUUAUUUAUUUGGAAGAAGAAAAAAGGGGGAAAUUAAAGUCUUGAUUCUUUGUAUUGUAUUCCAA